CUGGACAAAGGGAGUAUAUAUGGGUGUAUAUCUGUUGAAAAUCGAGUGGUCAAACUGUUUCCAAAAAGUUUUCCACACAAGAAAUAAUAGAGAAAGACUAAGCCCAGCCCAUAAUAUCUUGUCAGCGCAGACCAGCCCAAGCCCAGAGAAGGAUGGGCCAGGAGGAUCAGCUUCAGCCCGUCAGCCGCCGCCGCCGCCGCCGCUCCCCUUGCCCGUCGGCGAGUCGGCGCCCUCCAUGUCCAUGGACGACCAAGGCCUCCUCCCCGAGAUCCCCCGUCGUCGCGUCGGCCUUCGGCCUUCGCAAGCGACACGCCGGCAACUCACGCGGCCGUCGCCGUGGCCGGCUUCGCCGAUGGACCUCGACGACCUUCUCUCCGAGAUCCUCCUCCGCCUGCCCCCGCUGCCGUCCUCGCUGCCCCUUGCGUCCCUCGUAUGCAGCCGCUGGCGACGCCUCGUCACCGACCCGAGCUUCAUCCGCCGCUUCCGUGCUCACCACUGGAGGCCCCUCGGCGUCUUCUUCGGCGGCGGCGAAGAUCUCUCCUUCAGUUUCAUCUCGGAUCCGCGGUACCCUACUACACCGCCCGAGCGCUUCUCCGUGCGCGUGCUGCGCAACGUCUUCGAGAGGUACACCUGGGAGCUCCACGGCUGCCGCCAUGGGCGCGUGGUCCUAGCCCACAGGGGUCGAACUGGCCAUGUCGUCUGCCAGUUCCUGGUGUGGAACCCCCUCACAGGCGAGGCCCAUUUCCUAGACAUCUCGCAGUUCUUGGAUCCUGUCCGCAACCAGAAUGGGUCAUAUAUGAAAGGGGCGGUAAUCGGUGCCUCUGGCGACAAGGGUCCCUUUAAGUUCAUUUUGGCAUGGAAUGAACUCCACCACAACAUUGCACAUGUCUGCGUUUACUCGUCGGAGACUGGUGUGUGGGGCGAUGUCGUCUCCACAGCAGUCAAACCAUUGUCCAGUGUUGGCUAUGGAAAUGUCCUGGUUGACAAUACCCUUUACUGGAUUCUGUUUGGCCAUCAGGUCCACAUCCUUCAGGUUGAUCUGGGUAGUCAGAACGUAGCUGUGAUAGAAGGGCCACCGGUUGAAGAAGACCAUUGGGGCAUCUUCUUGUGUACCCUAGCAAAGAAUGGUGGCCUUAGCUUAAUAGUCAUGUCAGCCAACCUCAAAGCUCAACUUUGGUUGUGGGAGACGUCGCCUGACUCUGAUGGUGUUGAUCGAUGGAUGCAUGGAGGAACAAUUGAACUGGACAAGCUUCUUUCUUUGAGAUCAGGGGAGUACCAACAAGUACUUUGGCUUGCAGGGGAUGAUAAUGUGAUGUUUGUGUCCACAAAUAGAGGCCUCUUCAUGGUUGAUCUUGAGUCAAUGCAGUUUCAAAAGAUUUUUGAAACCAGCAUUGUUACCAGUCAGUGUAUCCAUCCAUUCAAGAAUCGAUAUGCUCAAGGUACCGCGUUGGCAAACUGCAGCUUGGGAUCAAUAUCUAUUUCAUGACUAAGGGUUGCCUUGAUAUUAACUUGAAUCUGGAAAUGAUGUGUCACCUUUUCUUCAUCUUGUUGUUUAGUAUAGAUUUAAGCUUAAUGCCUAGCGAGGAGAGUUUUGGUGGUUGGUCCAUGUCUGUCGGCUCGACAUUUGUGAACUUGGUGAGUUACCUAGGAAUGCUACCAGUAUCAGGUGUGGAUGCCAGAAGAUAUGAGGCAUGUCAUCUGCAAAGUUAUCGCUUUAUUUAUGGUGCACUGACGUUGGUAAUAAUUUGCUCUCCUACUAGUUUAGCAUGCGUUCAGACC